AUCAUUACCCGGGAGGGGAGGGGGGGACACCGGCUAACGCCAUUUUCACGCAGCGCAGUCAGUCAUCCAACCACCGACCACCGAGCUGUCAUCUCCACCGGCGACUCCUCAGCGGUUCACCCGGCCCCCAUGGAGCCGCUGUCGGGUUAGGUUUGACGGAGCCGUCGCUGCCAUGGAGCCGCGGGGCGAGAGGCUGCAGCUGCCGAGGCCACAGUUAGCUGCCCGUGUAGCUCCGUAGCUAACUGCUCAUCACCGCCGAUGCGGAGAGGCGUCCACUGAACUCGGCGCGGACAGUUCGUAGAUUCCGCUUCGGAGCUCCGGGCUCAGAUUUCACACCUCUUCCCGUCAGACGUCGGUAGAAGGAGCGGCACCCCCAUCGCAGAACAGACGUGAUUCACCCCCGGGGAAGAGGCGUUUCAGUCCGGCUACACUGGCAACGGAUGUCCUGGAGAACGGAUGCGUGAGGACAUGUCCACCAUGGUGUGCGUGAAGGAGGAGGAGGACCCUGGGGAGAAGCUGUCCCAGGAUGAGAUCAUCUCCCGGACCAAGCAGGUGAUCCAGGGGCUGGAUGCGCUGAAGCAGGAGCACCACUCCAUCCUUGACGGCCUGCUGGGCACGCUGCGCUGCCUGAAGCAGGAUGAGGAGGGCGUCCUGGUGGAGGAGAAGUCCAACAUGAUCCGCAAGUCCCUGGAGAUGCUGGAGCUCGGGCUGAGUGAAGCACAGGUGAUGAUGGCGUUGUCGAGCCACCUGAGCUCGGUGGAGUCGGAGAAGCAGAAGCUGCGAGCUCAGGUACGCCGGCUCUGCCAGGAGAACCAGUGGCUGAGGGACGAGCUGGCGGGGACGCAGCAGAAACUGCAGAAGAGCGAGCAGAGCGUGGCCCAGCUGGAGGAGGAGAAGAAGCACCUGGAGUUCAUGAACCAGCUGAAGAAGUACGACGAGGACCUGUCCCCAACUGAGGAGAAAGACUCUGACUCCAGCAAAGAGACUCUGGAUGAUCUCUUCCCUGAUGACCACGACGACCAAGCCCCGGGCAUCCAGCCGGCUCAUGGCAGCGCUGCGGCGGCGGCUGCCCAGCAGGGGGGCUAUGAGAUCCCGGCCCGUCUGAGGACCCUUCACAACCUGGUGAUCCAGUACGCCUCCCAGGGCAGGUACGAGGUGGCUGUGCCGCUUUGCAAACAGGCCCUGGAGGACCUGGAGAAAACCUCUGGACACGACCACCCAGACGUCGCCACCAUGCUCAACAUCCUCGCCCUCGUCUACAGGGAUCAGAACAAAUACAAGGAGGCAGCAAACCUACUGAACGAUGCUCUGGCCAUUAGAGAGAAGACGCUCGGCAGAGACCACCCAGCUGUUGCAGCCACCCUCAAUAACUUGGCCGUCCUCUAUGGGAAGAGAGGGAAGUACAAGGAAGCCGAGCCUCUGUGCAAGAGAGCGCUGGAGAUCAGAGAAAAGGUGCUGGGGAAGGACCACCCAGAUGUGGCCAAGCAGCUGAACAACCUGGCCCUGCUGUGUCAGAACCAGGGCAAGUAUGAUGAGGUGGAGUACUACUACAUGAGAGCGCUGGAGAUCUACCAGACCAAACUGGGCCCUGACGACCCCAACGUGGCCAAGACCAAGAACAACCUGGCGUCCUGUUACCUGAAGCAGGGCAAGUUCAAGCAGGCCGAGACUCUUUAUAAAGAAAUCCUCACCCGCGCUCACGAGAGGGAGUUUGGCUCUGUUGAUGAUAAGAACAAACCAAUCUGGAUGCAUGCUGAGGAGAGAGAGGAACAAAGCAAGGGGAAGCAGAAGGACGGUUCACCAUUUGGAGAAUACGGAGGCUGGUACAAAGCCUGUAAAGUGGACAGCCCCACAGUGACCACCACCCUGAAAAACCUUGGCGCCCUCUACAGGCGGCAGGGCAAGUUUGAAGCGGCAGAGACUCUGGAGGAAGCCGCCACGCGUUCCAGAAAGCAGGGUCUGGACAAUGUGCACAAGCAGCGUGUGGCCGAGGUCCUGAGCGAGCCAGAGGCCCGCGAGAAGCAGCGAAGCCGCGAGAGCUUGACCUCCGACACGGUGAAGUACGAGAGCGGGCCGGACGGUGGCGAGGAAGUGAGUAUGAGCGUGGAGUGGAACGGGGACGGCUCCGGCUCUUUGAAGAGGAGCGGCUCCUUCAGCAAACUGCGAGCGUCGAUCCGUCGCAGCAGCGAGAAACUCGUCCGCAAGCUGAAAGGCGGCGGCUCGUCUCGAGACAGCGAGCCUAAAAACCCAGGCAUGAAGCGAGCCAGCUCUCUGGGCGUUCUUAACGUGGCGGACAAGGCUGCGAGCGACCACUACCAAGAACGAAAUAAUCGUCUGAGAAAAAGUCGCGACCUGAGCGCCAGCCACACCGACCUGGCGCGUUGAAGGUGUUUCGACGAGGUUGAGGGGCGGAGCCUGAGAGGUCACCGAGGUCACGAGACUCAACUCCCUGCGCUGCGGCCAAACUUCAGCCCCUCCCCCUCCUCGCUGUAAAUAGGCGUUGGCAGACGCUUCUCGUUUCCUCUCGUCAAACUUCACUCGAUGUUCAGGUUUAAAUCUUUUCUGCACUUUCACAAGUUUGUGGUGUUUAUUUUUUUUCAUCAGUGCAAAUGAAGAAACGGGAGGAAAAUGAAAAUCCACGAUUAUGACCUGAGUGUUUUUCAUCUGUUAAUCUUUUCUGUCUAUUUUAUUUUCGUGCGUUUACUGUACGUGAGUCCGUUUUUAAUCGCAGAGUUAAUAAUUUCGUUUUUUGCUCAGUGAUCUGUAUUUUCAAUUAAAAACCCUUCAGGACACUCCUCUUUUGAACCUGCAGGGGGCGCUCACGUCUCCUCGAAGCUGUUUUUCCUAAAAUCUUCCAUCACGUGUCGACUGAAGAUUUUGCUUCUGACGUCUGAAGUUCUAUGUUUACAUUUGGUUCUUUUUGUUGAAUGAUGUUUGAUUUGUUUCUCGUCGUUUCGCUGCUUCGAAGAGUUCGUUUCUCUUUAACUUCGUAAAAAUCCUCGAGAUCAGAGUCGUCGCCCACGACAACUCGUCUCUGUCCCUCAGAGACAAAGAGGCGGAACCGCGGAUUCACCGAACGGAGGCCGGCCGACGCCUCCUCAGGACGGAGGCUGUAGUUUCACACACUGACUGCGAAGUUAAAAAUACUUUUACACGUAUGUUCCAGAUAAAAUACUCCAGACAACACUUUACCUUCAGAGUGAAGUUGAACGAAUCCAACCGAAAUAAUCACGGAUCAUUUAAACACAGUUGUUAUUAUGCAAAAAUGAUUCCUGAGUUUUUUCAGAGGAGACUUUAGUUGCAAAUUUGAAAUCUGUAUAUUUGCUUUUCACCAAAAUAAAAGCGUCUGAUCCUCCUGAAGCUCGUUGUAACUAAAUAGAUUAAUAGUUUAAUGAAAAUUAAACGCAAUAAACCAGCAAAUCACUUUGACGUCAUUAGAGUUAUUUAAAACUGGAAUUUAAUGUAAAGAUGAAAAAACUGUUCUACAGCAGGUGAAUGAAAAACUCGUAGAUUCAACACAAACCAGACGACAAACUUCAACUGUUGAAUAAUUUCGAACGUGUUUCCUUUAAUAAAGAAUAAACGUCGUGGUUGAAACAAGGAUUUUAAAAGUAACUUCAGACGAAACCUGGAUUUGAUUUUUAUCUUGUAAAAGUGAUUGAAGGACGUUUUCAACCAGUGACGACGGAUUUGCACUGAAAAUACCAAACUGAUAAAAACACAAACCAACAAGAAGUCUGUUUAUUUUAACGCCAAAAUAAUCAAAUCAGAUUUGCGACUGAUGCAUUUUCUGAAUUAUAAUUUGUUUUUCUCUCGAACGAUAGUUUUUCGUGCAGAAGUUUGACGAGUGUGUAGUUUUUGUCAGGAUUGUGCAAUAACUCUGACGUGACCUUCAUUUGAUCAAAACUAAAUCUCUUCGCUGAUUCUGAUCUUUAAAUCUGAUGACGAUUAACUGACGUCUGAACCGAAGCAGAGAUUUUAAAUGAAGGAAUCAAAUCCAACACGUUAGAACUAUUGUUUAUCUCCCUUCUCUUCUCUGAAACAUUUUCUGUCUCCAAAAAUAAUAAAUGAAUAAAACCAAUAUGAAGCCCUCAAAAUGUAAAUAUACAGUCAAAUCCCAGUCGAUUCAAUAACUUGAAUAUUAUUAAUAGUUAUUUUUUUUCCUUCUGUGCCUGGAAUGAUUUAGUGAUUUUAGAAUUCAAUCGGAUUCUUUUUCUUCGUGAGGAUGAUUUUACUGACGAGUGGAGUGUGUUGACUGUUGAUCAGUCUGCUCAUCAACCUGCUUUUUUUUAAUCUCUGUUGUCUUAAUGUAGAAGUUCUGCAAAGUAUCGAGGCACAUAACUGAAAAACCUUUCGCGGUUCAGACGAGGCGGGUUCGAGCAACGAGCAACAGCUUGAGCAGCGACGAUGAGGCAACAGUGAUGAGACCAGAUCUUAUUCAGAGGAAUAAUUAUUUUUUAUAACGAUUUAAACUUUGUUUUCAGAUUUUAUUUUGCAGCUUUUAGAACGAUCGUGGUUGUUAAAGUUUUUUUUUUUUCUGCAGUAACAUUUCUGGUUAUGUGAUAAUUCAGUUUGUGAACAGAACUGUGUCGUCUCACAUGCCGUUGCACAACUUAACGUCAAAGUUGCCUCAAACCUGUUGCAGAUCCGAAGCUCAUGUCGGGAAACUUACAAGCGACCGGAAGGAAAGUGAGAAUCUUCAAACCAGAUUUAAAACUCCAAUCAUUUGUAAAUGGUGAUUACGAUGAGCUGAAUGUAAAGUGAUUCAUUUAUAAAAGCACAUAAACCUUUCGUUUGACUUUGUGUGAUUUUGUUUCUACGUGUUGUGGAUUUUAGUUGCUCUGUAUUGACUGUGGACCAUGUUGUUGUGUGGAGCUUUAAUGUGGACGGUCGGACGAAGUUUAUCCAGAAACCGGGAUGAACGAUAGUUUUAUAUUGAAACGUAAACACAGCGCCCUCCAUCUCCCCCAUGGUGAACUGCAACAACAGUGAUGGAACUUUAACACCGGCUACAUACGUGAUAUUUCCUCGUGUGUAUUAAUUUUGCAGGUUCACACAAAUAAAGGACCCGAAUCUUUAUUUAUUACAUGCGUCAUUACCAUGGCAACACAUUGGCUGCUGCACCCUCCUCGUUUACAGCUCCACGAAUCACAAGCUCCCAUUUUUUAUUUUUUAUUUUUCUGUGACGUUAAGAGUUUUACAAAAUACAAAACGUAGAAUUUUUCUCUCUGUGUUCGAUAUGAAAUAAAGCCGUCCUGUGUUUUGACUUUGUAUUCCGGGUGAGACUGGUCACACGUGAUGCUCCCACAUGUGUAGUCACAUGUAGCGUGUGCUGGUGACCUGCACACGGAAACACACACGGAGUAGAAACAUAAAGUUUGAACACAUCUCAUCUUAAUAUUCUCACCUGAGUCAUUUUUUGAAAUCUCUGGUUGUGAGGAUUUUUUGACACGAGCAGUUUGUCCCACAAAUGAUUGUUCAUAACUGGAUUUGAAGAAUAAAAUUUUGUCCAAUUAA